GGAGGUCGGGCGCGGUGCAGUCGGUGUGCGCGUGCGCCGGGGGCUCCAGAGGCGGCGGCGACGACAACAACCACCACCCGAGGCCCAGGCGUCAGGCCUCAGGCCCCCCCCGUGCGGUGAUGGCCGGGGAGGCCCCGGGACGCCUGGCCAGCCUGCCCCGGGGCUGGCAGAUGAAGCGGGACCCCCACAGCGGCUGGCCGUACUACAUCGACCACAACACGGGCACCACCACCUGGGAUGACCCGAGGCUCCGGGGCGGCCUCCACAAGCAGGAGAUGCCAUAUCCAGGAUACAGCUCCAGUUACUGGUAUCCCACCGGAGCCCAGACUCCAUAUCCCAGUGACUACUCUCCGAUGAUGAACCAUCAGAUGCCCCCACAAGGGCUCGUCAACGGCGUCUUUCCUGGCGGACGGCCCUCCUCUCCGGGCCGCGUCCCGCUGAACACGUGGUAUCCCACGGGACCGGGUGAGAGUCGCUCGCCGGAGAGCCUUUCGUGCGAGAACAUCCAGCAGCAGCAGCAGCAGCUUCCCAACCAGCAAUCUGGACUGCCCAGGCCCCCGUCAAACGGACAUGCUCCUGCCACACAGUGGGCCCACUCGCAGCAGGGGGCAACCUCCCACAACCUGUCAGCCAGGACUCCGGCACCAGCUCACCCAGCCUACGGCACUCCAUCACAGCGGGAAGUCUUCGAUCAGCCGCUCCAGUACCCAGUGACAGCCUCGCAAUACCACUUCAGGAACCCGGAGUCAGGCCCCCAGCAGCCCCUGUACCCUCCCCAGCACCAGGCCGCCACUGCCCCGGGAGCCCCAAGCCAGCCCUGGACCCCCUCGACACAGGCACCCCCUCUGCAGUCCCAUGACCCCUGGGCUCAGAGUCGAGUGACCGGUCUCCCAGCAUCAGCCCAGCAGUAUCCCCAUGUCAUGCCCCCUUUCAGGAGCAGUGUCGUUUCCACACCGACCCCAGGCUGGCAGAACCCUUCCCUGUAUGAACAGAAGGAUGUCCCAUACCCCAUGAGCCACCAGGACAUGCGGGCAACCGGCCUCGGCCACGCCGGUUACCCAGGGACCGAGCAGCAGUUGACCAGCUACCCCCCUGUGCCGAGCCCGGAGCAGCCGCCAAGCGCGUUACCCGCUGCCAGGGUGGAGUACAGUGCCCCUCCAACGGUGUACAAGACCCGGGCGGAGGGCCAGGGCGCCCGGGAGGGGGCCAGCGAGGGGGCGCAGCUGCCUGGCCCUGGCGCCGCCGACCACCCCGGCCACGCCAAAGUGGAGCAGGUCCUGGUGCAGCUGCGGCAGCUGGAGGCCGAGGUGGGCAGCUUCCAGGGCGCCCGGGGGGACAAGGCGUACCGGCGGCUGGAGGAGCUGCUGACCAAGCAGCUGCUGGAACUGGACGCGGUGGAGACCGACGGGCGCGAGCACGUCCGUCAAGCCCGUAAGGAGGCCGUGCACAGGAUUCAGGGCGUGCUGGAAAAACUGGAGACGCUGGCGGGCUAAUGGCCCCCCCACCCCCCCUCCCAGCCUGCUGGGCAGACCGAGAGAGGAGGGGGGGCCCCCUGAAACCCACCCGUCACUGUCCGCUGGGGCCGUUUCCAGGAAGUGCCCACAGGAACCAGAUAGACCGACACCACCACCCACCCCCUCCCACCCUGAUGACCCCCCCGGCGCACGUUCGGUUUUCCAACACGCCGGGACCAAGUCUGGGACGCGUGCUCUGACAGGACGUGACAGGCGGCUUCCUCUGGGUGGCGAGCAUUGCGGACAAGGGGCCACCCAAUUCCGGAACUCCCUCUUUCAGGCGAGUCUUCGGACUGGGCACAGAUUGGGUGCAGGACUGAGUGAAACGGAUGACCAUCAUGUCACUGCGCUGCAGGGAAAGGAGAUGCCGAGCCCCUGAGAGGGGAAAACACAAGACAGUCCCGUGUCCAGACGGCUCGAAUGCGUGCCGUGCUGUCGGAGGGCGAUUGCGGCUUUCCAGGCGUUCCCCUGUCCACCUCAGGGCAGCUGCGUCGACAGCACUGAAUGAACACAAGCCGUCCGGUCAGACUGCGCACUCCGCAACGAGGUCUGAUCCCAUUGACGCUGCGGUGGGAGGGAAAGAAAAUACCCCGGUUCCCAGCAAGCCCCCAGACUCCCUCUCCUCUCCAACCCCCGUUUCAGUCCAGACCGCAGCCACUCGGAGCGUGUCCGUGCCAGGAUUUCUCCAUCGGGCGAAUCAAAUGCCAAGUCCCUCCCGGGGCAGGGAUCUGAGCGAAGGUGGAAACUCGGGCAGCUGUCCAGGAUAGAGAGGUCACCGUUGAGUUUUGUCCGAUUCGGUGCUGGUUUGUUCAGGAGCCAGUGCCUCCUCGGACCUGCCCAUGUGCACUUUUGCGUUCCUCCUCACCACCGUCCCCCAUCUUUGAUGGGGUUAAAUAAAUAAGGAAUGGUACAGAUCACUGUGGGAAUGAUCAGGGCCAUGACUGAGGGCUCGUUGUCGUCCACGUUCGCUGUGUGCUCGCAUCCCUCUCCUAAUGCACUUUGGUCACCCACAAACGACCAAGCCGCAUGCUCCCUCACCGGCCACUGCCUCCAGACCUGUGCCCCUGAGCUCCAGACUCGGGAAGUCAACUUGCCAUCUCUCUUCAGUUACAAAGUGCUUUCCCGUGAUCCCAGUUCCUGUUCUCCCGUUCCACUUUCACCCCAGUGGUGUGGAUUGGGAUGGGGAAGGUGGUGUGGUGUGGCGCCGCGUGGGCAAGCUGGGCUGAACGCUUGGCAUCUUCGGCACCACUUGGCACCAUCCAAGCUUUGUCACCUCACCAUCUCGAGUGGAUGGAGGGGCAGUGUCUGUUUGGUUCAGACUGGGUCUCAGUGUACGUUCGAGAUAGUUUUAUUCCUUCCUCUCCUUUGACUCGCCUUGUACUGCAUGUGGGGGCAGGAACCCUGGAGUCUCUCAGCCAGAAGAUGGCAUUUUGUGUUUUCCCCCCCUACCUCCAGGGAGGACAGGGACCGAUACAGAGAUAGAGAGCUGACUGCACUGUCUCCCGCUCAGCAGGACAGGCAGGAAUGCCAGAUUUCCAAGGGAUCCACAAUUUCUUCCGCAGGAACAGGGAGUGCUUAGUGGUCAGCAAGUCAACUCUGGCCAAGACGUUGUUUUGGAGAAUCUGAUUGGCUUCCUUCCCAACCGGAGUGCUAGAUUGUACCUCCCUCUGUAUGUGUGUGUGUAUGUCCUGGUGAGUACAGUAAUAAAUUGUACCUCUGUGUGUGUGUGUCCCAGUGAGUACGGUGAUAAAUUGUACCUCCCUGUGUGUGUGUGUGUCCCCCAGUGAGUACGGUGAUAAAUUGUACCUCCCUGUGUGUGUGUGUGUGUGACCCGGUGAGUAUGGUGAUAAAUUGUACCUCCCUGUGUGUGUGUGUCCCGGUGAGUAUGGUGAUAAAUUGUACCUCCGUGUGUGUGUGUGUCCUGGUGAGUACGGUGAUAAAUUGUAUCUCCCUGUGUGUGUGUGUGUGUGUGUGUGUGUCCCGGUGAGUGCGGUGAUAAAUUGUACCUCCCUGUGUGUCCGUCCCGGUGAGUACGGUGAUAAAUUGUACCUCCCUGUGUGUGUGUCCCGGUGAGCAUGGUGAUAACUUGUACCUCCCUGUGUGUGUGUGUGUCAGUGAGUAUGGUGAUAAAUUGUACCUCCCUGUGUGUGUGUCCCGGUGAGUACGGUGAUAAAUUGUACCUCCCUGUGUGUGUGUCCCGGUGAGUGCGGUGAUAAAUUGUACCUCCCUGUGUGUGUGUGUGUCCCGGUGAGUACGGUGAUAAAUUGUACCUCCCUGCGUCUGUGUGUGUGUCCCGGUGAGUACGGUGAUAAAUUGUACCUCCGUGUGUGUGUGUGUGCGCCCUGGUGACUACGGUGAUAAAUUGUACCUCCCUGUGUGUGUGUGUGUGUGUGUGUGUCCCGGUGAGUAUGGUGAUAAAUUGAAUCUCCCUGUGUGUGUGUGUGUGUGUCCCGGUGAGUGCGGUGAUAAAUUGUACCUCCCUCUGUGUGUGUGUGUCCCGAUGAGUACGGUGAUAAAUUGUACCUCCCUGUGUGUGUGUCCCGGUGAGCAUGGUGAUAAAUUGUACCUCCCUGUGUGUGUGUGUCCCCGUGAGUGCGGUGAUAAAUUGUACCUCCCUGUGUGUGUGUCCCGGUGAGCAUGGUGAUAACUUGUACCUCCCUGUGUGUGUGUGUGUGUGUGUGUGUCAGUGAGUAUGGUGAUAAAUUGUACCUCCCUGUGUGUGUGUCCCGGUGAGUACGGUGAUAAAUUGUACCUCCGUGUGUGUGUGUCCCGGUGAGUACGGUGAUAAAUUGUACCUCCCUGUGUGUGUCAGUGAGUAUGGUGAUAAAUUGUACCUCCCUGUGUGUGUGUGUCCCGGUGAGUACGGUGAUAAAUUGUACCUCCGUGUGUGUGUGUCCCGGUGAGUACGGUGAUAAAUUGUACCUCCGUGUGUGUGUGUCCUGGUGAGUACGGUGAUAAAUUGUAUCUCCCUGUGUGUGUGUGUGUCCCGGUGAGUACGGUGAUAAAUUGUACCUCCCUGUGUGUGUGUGUGUCCCGGUGAGUAUGGUGAUAAAUUGUACCUCCCAGUGUGUGUGUGUGUGUGUCCCGGUGAAUGCGGUGAUAAAUUGUACCUCCCUGUGUGUGUGUCCCGGUGAGUACGGUGAUAAAUUGUACCUCCCGGUGUCAGUGUGUGUGUCCCGGUGAGUACGGUGAUAAAUUGUACCUCCCUGUGUGUGUGUCCCGGUGAGUACGGUGAUAAAUUGUACCUCCCAGUGUGUGUGUGUGUGUGUGUCCCGGUGAGUACGGUGAUAAAUUGUACCUCCCUGUGUGUGUGUCCCGGUGAGUACGGUGAUAAAUUGUACCUCCCGGUGUCAGUGUGUGUGUCCCGGUGAGUACGGUGAUAAAUUGUACCUCCCUGUGUCUGUGUGUCCCGGUGAGUACAGUGAUAAAUUGUACCUCCCUGUGUGUGUGUGAGUCCCGGUGAGUACGGUGAUAAAUUGUACCUCCGUGUGUGUGACCCGGUGAGUAUGGUGAUAAAUUGUACCUCCCUGUGUGUGUGUGUGUGUCCCGGUGAGUACGGUGAUAAAUUGUACCUCCCUGUGUGUGUGUGUGUGUCCCGGUGAGUAUGGUGAUAAAUUGUAUCUCCGUGUGUGUGUGCGUGUCCCGGUGAGUACGGUGAUAAAUUGUACCUCCCUGUGUCUGUGUGUGUGUCCCGGUGAGUACAGUGAUAAAUUGUACCUCCGUGUGUGUGUGUCCCGGUGAGUACGGUGAUAAAUUGUACCUCCCUGUGUCUGUGUGUGUGUCCCGAUGAGUACAGUGAUAAAUUGUACCUCCCUGUAUGUGUGUCCCGGUGAGCAUGGUGAUAAAUUGUACCUCCCUGUGUCUGUGUCCCGGUGAGCAUGGUGAUAAAUUGUACCUCCCUGUGUGUGUGUCCCGGUGAGCAUGGUGAUAAAUUGUACCUCCCUGUGUGUCCGUGUGUGUCCCGGUGAGCAUGGUGAUAAAUUGUACCUCCCUGUGUGUGUGUGUGUGUCCGUGUGUGUCCCGGUGAGCAUGGUGAUAAAUUGUACCUCCCUCUGUGUGUGUGUGUGUGUCUGUGUGUGUCCCGGUGAGCAUGGUGAUAAAUUGUACCUCCCUCUGUGUGUGUGUGUGUCCCGGUGAGUGCGGUGAUAAAUUGUACCUCCCUGUGUGUGUCCCGGUGAGCAUGGUGAUAAAUUGUUCUCUCCCUGUGAAAGUUUGGCAUUCCUGUGUGUAUCCUACUGUGAGGGUCUGGCCUAAACCUCUCGUGUCUGCAGCACUUCCGUGGUGCUGCUGUGACCUUCUCCCCUCCCUGAGAGAGGAGCACACUGUCCGUCUGUGCCUCCUCACUGGAGGCCGCCUCCCUGUUUGCUGCUCCACCUGCCUUGUCCUUUUUGGGAAUGAGAUGCCCCUGUCUGGAAGACGAGCCUGCACAGGACCUCGGGCUGGCCGGGAGCAGGACUCGCCCUGUGUGACCCACAGGACUGCAGAGUACAUCCCAGAGGUGGCUGGGCAUGAGCAAUCCCCCAGCUUGCUUCCCAUCCUGCUGGCUGGGCCCUCCAUGAUUCACUUUCCGGGGGUAGGGUGGGGGGGGAGGGCUGGUUGUUUUGCCACUUCUAAUCCUCACCCGCAGCUUGGGAAGUGCUGGGGCGAGACCCUCACUCUCUGGGAAGCAGAGACGCCCCCCAACAGGGAAACCUUCAGAUGGGCUGUGGGGAAGAGCAGGGAGGCUAGUCACCUAUCCUUCCCCCCCCCCCCCCCCACACAAACCCCUUCCCCACCUCCCGGCUGGCUUCUCAGCGCCACAGCAGCCCGCGGUGACAUCGGCACUGCCAGAGUGGCUCCUUCAGCUGCCGUCUCCUCCGAUCUUAUCCCCCCCCCUCGGUGUGAGCCUUCCCAGUGAAUCCGUCCUGCGUAGAGCGAGCCAGGAGCUGGCUCCGUGGCCAGAAUGGCCACGUUGCAUUCGCUUGGGGAGUGGGCGCCGGGUCAGUGACUUAUCACGGGCUGGCGUGAAACCCCUCGCCCCCUUUUGAGCCCACGUGGCGGUUUUAUACAUAGAUAGCUCUAUUCUAUAUGCAUGAAGUCAACCUUUUAUAUUUUCUAAACCCUUGGAACAACGGAGUUGGAUUGAAACACUGAGCAUGGAGAAGGUAUAAAUAUAUCCGCACACACGCUCCCCUCAAACUGGAAGCACUGUCACAGACUGGGGUUGACCCCAGAAAACCAACCUGUGUUCACGUCUCUGUGGCCACACCCAGGGUCUUCUGCACACUUGUCAUUCCCUUCAUCAACAAUCUCAGGUAUCUUGCAGUUCUUGGAUUGUCUGAACCAGAGGCAGACUGGGGGGGACGCGACUCACUUGUUUCGAAGGGGGUGACGCAAAUGUUUCUUAACAGAAAAUUAAUUUUUUUGAGGAGAAUUAUAUCUUUGAUAUCAAAAGGAAAACCAGUGACCUGUGCUUCUGUGUCCCGUUAGCCGAGUUGUCUGUCUGCGCUGCCACGUUUUGGGAAUGUUCUGAUGUGUGGUCGUCUUGCGUGUCCCCUCGUUGUGCACGAAUCCGUGCAAUAAACGUCUGCUUGUCUUCCA